AAGAAUCUGGGAAUAUGAGAUCGUUAUCUGGUAUUCAAACGAAGAUCAGCUUAUCGUGACAUUCUGUGCGUCACAUCAUACCCUUUGGUCAACCACUCCACCUUCUUACAAAACCCCUGAUGUAAACCACGUGAUACAGACGUGACAUACGUGACUUGCAUGGCCAAGAGAGAUUGAUGAGCGUACCACGACAGUAACACUCAGGGUCUCGUAACGUCAGUACCUCUCAGGAAACCGGUUAUUCUGUCAUGGCGCACCAGCAAUGGCGGAAUCAACUGGACUACAUCAUCACGCUGCUGGGGUUCAGUGUCGGGUCCGGCACAUUCAUCAAGUUCCCGUUCUACUGCAUGCGCAAUGGAGGAGGGGCGUUCCUGAUACCUUUCGUCCUUUUUACCCUCAUUGGAGCCAUCCCAUGUGUUUUUCUGGAGAUGGCGAUUGGUCAGUAUUCUCAGAGUGGACCUAUCAAAGUCUGGGAUAUAUGUCCCGCAUUUAAAGGUAUCGGCGUGGGGUGUGUGCUGUGUUCGUGGAUGUUCUACACCUACUACAACGUCCUGUUCAGCUGGAUCACAUACUACUUCUACUACUCCUUUUACACCAUCCUACCUUGGGAACACUGUGGUAACGCCUGGAAUACACCAGACUGCAUCUCAGUGGACCGUAAUUCAACUCGGUUUAACAUCACUGAUUUGGUUCCUGAUAUUGGUAAUCUGACUUCAAACUCAACUCCUGGUAUUACUGCUGCCGAAGAAUUUUGGAGGUAG